AUGGCAUCCCUCUUGAAAUGGGCCAGGGCCUGGACACGCAGAGCGCCGCUGGUCCCUUUGCGUUUUCCCACUUCUGGUUUUGACCUUGUCCAAGACCCAGUCUUGUUGGAGGAGGAGCAGCUUGAUGGAUUCGCAGCCAACCAGUAUUAUCCCAUCAAUAUAGGCGAUGUCCUUGCCUCCAGGUAUCAAGUCAUUGGGAAACUGGGCUUUGGUACCACGUCGACUGUAUGGUUAGCCCGGAACCUCAUAACCCAUGGGCAUGUUGCUUUGAAAGUCUACACCAGGGAUAGGGGGAAUCAAGAAGAGUUUCAAGUCCUAGAGACCCUUGGCAAGGCAAAUCCAUCACAUCCGGGCUACCGCCAUGUCCGAGCCGCGCUUGACAUAUUCCAGCUUCACCGCCCAGGAGGUGACCAUUACUGCCUUGUCCAACGUCCAAUGUGGGAAAGUUGGAAGCAUCUACUUCGCCGCAAUCCCACGGGGCGCUUCACCGAACCUCUCCUAAAGGCCGGGCUGAGGCACCUCUUCUCGGCUUUGGACUACCUUCAUUCCGAGUGCAAGCUUGUACAUACAGGCAAGUCUUCCCAGUAA